GUCCUAAUAAAUCGCUCCCAUCUCCAUUUUUUUCUUCCAGCUUUCUCUUUGAUUUCUAGCCAACUCGACGAAUCCAAUCCCUUCUUUAAUAAUAGAGCUGCUCCCCGUUCGCGCGAUGAUGCUGCCGCGGCUGUUCUUGCGCGCCGCGACCACCAGCCAAGAACACGCGCGGGGCUCCCGGCGGCAGCAUCCCUGAGGGGGCGAAAACCGAAGCCUUUUCUUGGAUUCCAGAGCGAGCGUGCGCGCGCGCGAAUUCCAUCUCGCCCAGGUGAGUUUCCCCUUGCCGAGGAAAAAAAGAUAUCUCCUUCUUCUUUAUUGUUUAUCCGCAACGUUGCCAAAUCCUUCCGAGAUAUGAUCUGGUGAAUUCAGCGCUUCCUCUUCUCGGGCCAAAAUUUUUAUUCCUAAUUUUUUUUUUUCGUUUUGGCAACGUUUCUUGGCUCUGCUGUUGUCUCCCCGCUUUAAUAAUGGGCGCGCGGUUGGUCGGAUCGCCAUGGCCAGAUGCAUUGCUCGGGGCGAUUGGGCCAUGCGAGGUGCGGGAUUUGAGAGAUUCGGGGGGGAAUUGAAUAGUUGGGGAUUUGGUGCUAAUUUCCUCUUGUUUAAUCAAUCGAUCAAUCAAUCCCUGCUAGUUUAGUUUCCCUCUCCCGUGCUCCCCCCGCGUCCGCGCUUUCUUUCUCGUCGUCACCCAGUUGCCGCUGAUGCAAUUCAUCGCCCUCCUCUUGUUAGCUUACUGUUAUAUAUAUAAGCAAACGACUCCCCGGACAUGGCUCUGAGAUGUGUUUCCCUCUUGCCGCUUCUCUCUUCUUCUUCUUCUUGCAGCGGCCGUGCUCGCCACAACGAUCCAUGGAGGGGUGCCAAUUGGUAGCGAGGUGUAGUAGUAGUAGUAGCAGUAGCAGGAUGGAGGUGGAGGAAGAGGCGUUCUUUGACACGCGGGAGGAGCUGCUGCCGCCGUCGCCGGCGGCGGCAUUGCCGUGGUCGGGUGGGCUCGACAGCGUGCGGCAGCGGAGGGAGCGGUUCAUGCGAAGCAUGGGCCUGGAGCGCAGCCCGAGCCUCCGCCAGGCGGAUUUCGCGGACGUCGUGGGCGAUGUGGAGGAGGAGGGUGAGGUGGCGGCGGAGGCGGAGAUCGGGAGGUGGUCGUCGCAGUCGGACGAGAACGAGUGCUCCAUGUCGAGCUGGUCGACGGAGGAGACGACGAGCUACGACGACGGCGCGUCGGAUGACAACUCCGUGAGUGGAUCCGGCAAGGCGAGCAGGAGCUUCAGCUCGCUGUCGUUCAUCCAGAGGCUCAUGAGCCGCAAUGGCAAGCCUUCUGGUGCUCCGAAGACGAUCGACAGGAGGAGAAAUGGGUGGCUCCGGAGGCUGGGCGUCAGUGCUUGUGUUGUGGAUAGUGGAGCAGCAGAUGAAGCCAGCACCAGUUCUUCAGAUAGUGAGCAAAUUGGGGCUGGGAGGUAUGAAAGAAUCAAGGUUCACUCGUACCGGAAGCGGUCGAAGGAAUUGUCCGCCGUGUAUCAGGGGCAAGUGAUCAAAGCACAUGAUGGUGCCAUCCUGACGAUGAAGUUUAGUCCUGAUGGGCAGCUUCUUGCAACCGGUGGAGAAGAUGGAGUUGUCAGGGUUUGGGCUGUCAUGCAGUCCGAGGACUGCAAAAUUCCACUGGAUGAUCCUUCUUGCGUCUACCUAAAAGCGCGGCGCAAGUAUGGGCUUGCUCCUGUGAAUGCCGAGAGCGAGAAGAAAUCGAAGAUCAAUGGCCUGAAAAAAUCCGAUUCUGCUUGUAUUGUGGUUCCAACGAUGGUUUUCCAGAUCUCAGAGGAACCAGUGCAUGAGUUCCGUGGGCACUCUGGUGAUGUGCUUGAUUUGUCAUGGUCGAGCGAUAAGCAUCUACUGUCAGCAUCAACAGACAAAACUGUUCGCAUGUGGGAAAUUGGAUAUGCAAACUGCAUCAGAGUUUAUCCACAUAGCAACUUUGUGACUUGUGUCCAAUUUAAUCUAGCUGACGAGAAUCUCUUCAUUAGUGGAUCAAUUGAUGGCAAAAUUCGUGUUUGGGACAUUACUAGAAGCAGUGUUGUGGACUGGGUGGAUAUUAGAGACAUAGUAACAGCAGUUUGUUACCGGCCUGGUGGAAAGGGAGUGGUGGUUGGUACUAUUACUGGAAAUUGUCGCUUCUAUGAAAUAUCUGACAAUCUGCUGAAGCUAGAAACACAAAUUGCUCUCAAUGGAAAGAAGAAAUCAUCUCUCAAAAGAAUCACAGGCUUUCAGUUUUGCCCAAGCAACCCAAGUAAACUAAUGGUGACAUCUGCCGAUUCGAAGAUCAGAAUACUUGAUGGGACCAAUGUGAUUCAGAAUUAUAGUGGACUCCGAAGUGGUUCUUGCCAGUUGUCAGCAACAUUCACUCCAGAAGGGCAGCACAUAAUUUCUGCCAGUGAAGACUCCAACGUUUAUGUUUGGAGCCAUGAAAACCAGUAUGAGUGUGCAUGCAAACAAGCAAAAACCACACAGACAUCUGAGCAUUUCCGGUCCAACAAUGCAGCCAUUGCAAUACCAUGGAAUGGCACAAAACCAAGAAGCCCAGUUCCGUUGUCGUCCCAAAUUUUACCACCACAAGGAGAUACUUUCUGGUCAAUGAGCAAGGCUAUCAAAUACAAUUCAAGCCUCUGUGGAAAGGAUUCUUCCAUUAAAAAAAUUGUGUCAACGCCUGCUGCUCCUGGUAUUUUCAAUCUGAACCAGGAGUUCUUCAUUGAGUCCUCUUGCAAAAGUUCAGCAACUUGGCCAGAGGAAAUGCUACCAUCUACCACAGCCAGUGUAAAUUUGGACGAGUCACAGUUCAAGCUCUUAAGGAACUGUUUCCAAGGAACAUCAAACUCCUGGGGUCAAGUGAUAGUUACUGCAGGAUGGGAUGGCAGGAUUAGGUAUUUCCAGAAUUUCGGUUUACCAGUGCAUCAGUGAAUAGUUUGAGCAUUGGAUGGAAGUAAACGCAGCAUUGGCACCUCACAUGGCCUCAAGAAAAGCACCCGUGCACCCAGCUAUGCUGGCCCAGCGUGUGGUUACUUGGUACAAGACAUCACAUGCUUGGUGCUCCUGCUGAAUUGUACAUGGACCAGCGUUGUACAUAAUCAAACCAGUGGUCCUUUGAGAUCUCUACAUCAGUGGUUGUUCGUGGCAGGCCCGGUAGCUUGUACCUUUUGUAGAAAUCUUUCAGUGUAGAUCAGAUUUGUUCUUACUCCCCCCACUCAAUUGCUCAUUGAAAUGAUAGAAAUUUUAGUCUCAUCUGAGUGUAAAUUAUCCUCCCAUUUUUCGUUAUCUGGGAGGUCGACGGAACUGCAGUUACAUAUUUUCCAUUCAAAUACAAAAAAAAAAAAUCAUUCAUUUGUUUAAAA